UACACAAUAUGCAACUAAUGGUGUGACAUGCACUCUGCUUAAGGAGAUUCUACUGCAUCUGUUUCCUUACGCAUUUACUACACCAAGGCCAUCAAAAGGCCAUAAAAUAUUUGCAACCUUGAUGCAAUCACACCAACUGGCAUGGUUGAUCUGGUUGGGCUGUGCGUUGUGACAGGAGCAAAAACUAUCUUAAAAUAACGCCAAAACUAUACAAGUCAUCAACCAUCAACCCUUAAAGACGGUCUUUCAUUGCACCGUAAUUGGAAUAUUUUCGCUUAAUACCGGUUUCUUGGAGGAGUUUUACUACACCCUUCCAUAAUAGGCGCAACGGCAUGUUCGUAUCUAAAUGUAAACGAAUGAUCAAUGUGAAUGAAUGUUCAAGGUUUUUACGCUAGCAUGAAGCAUCAAUGGUUAUUUCACGCGAUAUUUGUACCUAGCUGGCAAUGAGAUAGUUUUUGUGCUAGUUUUAAAACCAGUCACGCCUUGUGCAAGUCACUGAUUUCCGUAAUCAAAUUUUACAGGUACAGACAAAUAACCUCACUUCCGGUCAUUCUGAUGGCAGCUAUAUUAUGUAAUAUUGAUAAAGAUAAAACCAUGUACCUCUAGGCAACAACAAAAAAGUAUAACCCAGACCUUAAAACGCUGGUUGAAUGGAGUAUGCUAAUCUGUCGAAAUCAGGAACGAUGUUAACUCCCAACCGGCCUACAGAUAAGAAAAACACAACUGCCAAAGAUAGCUGAUUGCGGGAACGCACUUUAAACGUUGUUUAUACAAUGAACAUUGCUAGAAUGUAAUCACAGCUAUGCGAACUCGGUUUAAUCAUUAACAAUAAUGAGUUUUACCGAAUACAUUUUUUUAGUGAAGUGAAGAAUUUUUUUUUAUUCAGAUAGAACGGCCUGGCCGUAUUGAUAAUGAAGUGAAGAAUUUGAUGAUCAGAAUUUUAAAUGUCGAAACUGUAGGCAAGUGUAGAAAUUCAAGCUUUACCGUUUUAUGCGCUCAUGAAUAUGUUCAAUAUUGGAACGCUGCUAUAGAAUGUCCAAAUCUCUAUGUUUAAUAUUUGUGAGAUAUUAAUUUAUCGUACUACAUUCGAUGUACAGUACGUUUGAACCAUUUCGUUUGUUACCUUUUUUUUAGUUUAAUCUCAUACGCUAGAUUAAGCACGCGGACCACCGCCAACACUUGGUUUAUAACUUGCAUACCUAUGAUUUGUUUUUUUCUUUAUCACGAUAUUUACUUUCAUGAUUUUAUCUUCAAAAACGUGAGCAGAUAAGCGUUCGUUUGGGCAUUUCUAAUCUCCCACAAAACCAACGACCCACUUAUCGGGAACGGGACCAAUUACAUUGUACAUUUAGAUUAUCUGCCUUACCUAAUUCUUGGGAGUAUUUCAUUUUAGACAGCAUUUGUUGGAUAAAAUUCGCAUUGUAUUUUUUUUUUCGAUAAUGGAUACAUUCUUGCUCAUCGUUAAUUUACCGUUUCAAAGAAGAAAUAAGCAAAUUAAUCUUUUUUUCCUCUAAAACGAGUUUUCUCAUCAACCGAUAAAAUUCAAUUAUCUUGUAUUUAAAUUAUUCUAUUCUGUUUUAGGAAUCAUAUUUAUGAUCUUCCGACACUUUCAACAUCUAAAGACACAGCCAAUCGUGCUGAAUUUCAUUCAAAUUGAUUAGUUUUUAGGUUUUUUUCCAAGAGUCAGGUGUCUUCCCUUUAAAAGCAUGAUUCUUCUCGAUUUGGUAUGUUCGUUUACUUCUUUCCGUUUUCCGUUCUUGAUUAUUGUCUUGCUUUCUUUGCUCUGUUGUUUCUUCAUCGAUUUCUUUUGCCUCAGUUCCUUUGGUUUCGAACAUUUCUUUUGUUUUGUAAAGGUAUGCUUAUGCCAAAAGUUUUUCUGUUUCUUCCUUGUUUUUUUUUUUGCUACUUUCAUGAAUGUUUCAAAGAACGACUUAACUUAAAUCGUACAUACAAUGAAAGAAUUUAUCAUUUAUAAUUAUUUAUUUACAUCACAUUAAUUUCCGUGAUAUCGUCUUUGUUUGAGAUCUUGGGCAAUCAGCUUUCAUAGAGCGUUGAAAAUGGUAAAUCCUUUGCGCAGAAGUGAAAAUACGGAUGCAGCGUUUCUUAAUCAUCCAUUUAAAUGUAUCGAGUGUUGAGUAUUUUAAUCUGCAAACUUUUUUUUAAUUCAUGUAGAACUGCCUGGCCGUAUUAAUGGAAUCUGUAAACUUCAUUGAUUUAUUUUAUUUAUAUUUCAUUAUUACGGCAUUUAGCCGUAUUGUCAGCCUGUAAUGAAAGGCUGAAGUGUACAAUUUUCACAAGGCAUUUCCUCGUUGUACUUUGCCUUAUCCCGAUCAUACUCGGUUUCUGAUACUGGGGUUGUGGUUAUUGCUGUUUUAUGUGCUAUUGUUGUUGGUUGGUUUGUCCGAUCUGUAAACUUAAUCUUCACAAAAUUUGUUUUAUCUUAUUAUAAUCAUUUCUUGAUUUGCUUUAAACCGUAUUGUUGUAAUUAUUUACUUAGUGCAAGAAACUGGCUGGGAGUUUGAAUAAAUGUGUUUAGCAAAAUAAACAAAUGAAUAAGAUAAUAAGAACAUUAAUUUGUAAUACUUUCACACAAAGAUUCUUUCGUGGUGGAAGUAAUAAAUCAACAUAAACAGAUGAAUAAGUGAACACUCGAUUAGACUUGUCUAAUGCCAACACGAACGGUUAUUUGAUGUUUUAAGAAGCUCUGGACCAACAUAAAACAAUUUUGGCAACUGCAAGCAUUGAACCUGUUGUUAGUGCGUACCGGGUGAUAGUAUUGGUUUCGGUCGUACCGACACACCGACACAGGUAGUUGUGUGGUGAUGCGAUGCGACUCUUGUCUCUGCUACCCAAAAAGAGAUGUCGACCCAAAAAACGUAACGUAAUACCAGUUCGAACCGUAGGACGGUACAGUUGGUUAAAAUCAGUGCCAACGAAUGCGGCAUUAGUCCUUUUUGGUGGGUGCUCAAAACCUACCCCUUUGCAGAUCGAGCCAUAAAACUGUGAAGAAAAAAAACCUCGCCGUUUGAACCGUUGCAUGGUGUGUUUCUUGUUGUAAGCAACCAAAGUGUAAGUGCAAAUCGCGUCUAGUGAAAUUGUUCGCUUCAUGUAAAACAAUCGACUCGCCAAUCAACUGAUCUAUUGUCCAAGGGUGUAAGGAAGCAGCAGCACUAUGCAUCGUCGCAAGAGGCAGCGCACAUAUCAUAACGUCCGACAUCGACAAGUGGCAAAAUCUGCAGCGAAAAGCAAUACGGACACAGGCGCAUUCUGCUACACACCCAACAUUUCCACAUCCAGCCAGAGUGGUCCGAACGAUUCACUCCGCAAUCAAGACCUCUGAUCAGCCGAUCUGAUCAGAUCCAGAGAGGUCCAGAUAUCUGCUGUACGGAAGGGAAUUCGGCAAAAACGCACGCGAACCAGAACGGAAUUCAGUCUGGAGUUAACAGGAAGCAGCGGAUGCGGUACACGACGGCCAGUGCCAGAGGCCAGUCCCAACGUGAACGUUUGCUCGGGACGCCACUGCACUCCGUUCAACCGUGCGCUUCUCCGCCUACCGACGGGUAUGGGCGUAAUCGUCACAACCGGUCGCAGUAAGCUUCCGUGCCGGUAGACAUAAUCGCACACAGCAGACACAAUAACAACCGGAACAUUCAGAACGAAUUCUUCCCCAAAAAACGAGCAAAAGCGUACAAAUAGGAAUAUAUAUUAGUCUUCACUGGCACAAAGGCGAAUACCCAAAAUCAAUCACACAGUAAACUAAAGGCCACAAAAUUUUGCCCUUUAAGUCUCACGCGUGUCAUAAACAAAAACCGUGAAGAAAGCGGUGUUACCAUUUACACAACCUAAAGUUACACCUGCCACAGAACUAGAAACGCAGGAACUCUAAUGUUCUACGUUCGAAAGACCAAUUUACAACGAGCUCUUGUGAAUGCGGGCAAACUUACGGAUAUUGUUAAGUUUUGCAAGGACAACGCCACAAUCUAGUGUUGCAGCGGCUACCUAUCGGACGAGAUCCUGCACCAAUCGAACAAGUCGCGGACAUACGCAAGACUUCUUGGAGCUAUAGACGCACAAACAAUAUCACCCCAAAAAACAAGCACACACACACACACACACGAUCAACAUAAUCUUUGUACGAGUGCCGUCCAUCCCGCAGUUCGUACAUUCGCUGUAACAAAUAGUUCAAAAAGCAUGAAGCCAAAGGAUACAUUAAAUCCGGAAAUGGCCGAACCCGUUGUAAGGCCAAACACACAUCAAGACAGUGUCAUCGCGUUUGAUACGAUGGAUGUAAUGUUGCUGGACAGUCAAAGUUCCGGCCCGGUCGGUUCGCGCAUCGGUAGUCAACGGUCGAGCUUUUCCAGUGCGGGAACCGUAAUUGCACCCCAGUCGCUCGCGGCUAUUCCACUCGAUACCGGGCACGCUUUUCGGGACGAUCUCGGGCAUGGGCUGCAAAGUGAUACGCGCGGUGCCACAGAAUUCUACCGCGUCGACGACGAUAGCUAUAGACCGUUUACGAUUUACGGUGGAAGCGGUGAUGGCAAGGGUAAAAUCGCCACCCUACCCGCAUCCACGACGGGGUCGCUGAGCUCGAUAAUAACGACAUCGAUUGCAUCUUCCGAGCCGGACCGGGGCGAUCACCGUAGUGGCGGUGGUGGCGGUACCGGCUGCUCCGGAAGUCUGGCCGAUGAAGUCAGUGAAGGUGGACCUCUUGAGCAGAAGUGCGCUGUGGGAGGCGGCGGCAUUGCGGGAGCAAAUGGUGCCGGUACGGACGAUGUAUCGGCUGGGGAUGGUGGAGCAGGUCGAGACCAUGGAGCCGGCAUACGACAGGAGAAGUGGUGGUAUAUGACACUUCAAAUCGCCAUACCGUUCUUCAUUGCCGGUGUAGGCACCAUCGGGGCAGGAAUCAUCCUAGGUCAUGUCGAGGGAAGCACUCCGUUGGAUGUAGAUUUGGGAUUGAUCACACUAAGAUAUUCGAACUGGAAAGUAUUCGUUCAUGUCUCGGAACUAUUCAUUCUGGUACCGUCGUUGCUAGGCCUGAAGGGUAACCUGGACAUGUGUCUGGCAUCACGGCUCUCAACACAGGCGAACCUGGGCAACAUGUCCGGAAGGCGUGAGAUCUUUCACAUGAUCCUCGGCAACAUAGCGCUAGUGCAGGUGCAGGCAACGGUAGCUUCAUUCAUCGUGUCCAUGUUUGCUGUCGCCGUCGGUGCAAUCAUUAAUGGGACUAUCAUCUUCGAUCACGUCAUGUUGCUGACGGCCUCGGCAAUGUUCACUGCCACCAGCUCCUGCUUUGUGCUAGACUUCGUCCUAGUGGCUGUGAUCCUAGUCUCAAGCCGAACAACAAUGAACCCCGAUAACCUAGCAACACCGCUGGCAGCGUCCAUCGGUGAUGUGGUUUCCAUAUCGUUGCUAGCCGGUAUGGCUACGCUAUUGUUCGAAAAUAUUGAUACGCACCUGUGGGUUACGUUUGUGAUGGUUGCCGUUUAUGUAUUUUUGCUACCGUUUUGGAUGCUCCUCGUUUAUCGUAAUAAAUACACACGAUCGGUACUUUCGACGGGAUGGGUGCCGGUGCUAUCUGCUCUAUUCAUUAGCGGAAUGGGUGGUCUGGUGCUGGACAAAGCCGUCGGUAUAUUCAACGGGUUUGUUGUGUUCCAGCCAAUUAUUAACGGCAUCGGCGGUAACCUUGUAUCGGUACAAGCAAGCAAGAUAUCUACGAUGCUUCAUCAAAGUUCCAUCAUCGGUAUUAUACCACCGCAUGCGAAGAUUUUUGAAUUGCCUUGGAGAGCUCUGUUCCGUGGAGUUCCGUAUGCUAGAACCGCCCGAAUACUCAUUGCGAUGUCAAUUCCUGGUCAAGUAUUGUUUAUCUUUGUAGCAGAUUAUAUCCAUAUGUCUAGCUCCACCAUUGGCGUUCCUUUUGUUCUUUCGUACCUAUUCGUCAGCACUCUACAAGUAAUGCUGCUGCUUUAUAUCGCUCAUGUGAUUAUCCACCUGAUGUGGAAAUGGAAGAUAGAUCCAGACAACUCGGCCAUUCCUUACCUGACUGCACUGGGAGAUUUGUUUGGUUCAAGUUUCCUGAUGCUGGCCUUCCUAUUCCUCCGCUCAAUAGGUCACCCGUACGGUGAAUCGCCGAGCGAAACUGUCGAUGGAUUUGGACUAUUAUCUACACCCGAGAUGACAACCAUUAGCGGAGGUACAUUGACAGAUCUAAUACAUGAUGGUAGUGGCAUUUAGGUUACUGCUUUUCGGCCACAUAAUUUGUUGCACUGCUAGCAAUGCUACAAUAUGGUCAAUAUAUUACCUACUACUACCAAUUAACAAAUUACAACCAUACAAUAGGGAGCAUGAAUCCGUUGAUACCAUUACAUGCAUUAUAUAUAGCAACAACAUAAAAAAAUUUACAUAAUUUAUAGUGGUUUAGUUAUACGUAAUCAGACUCAUGUCGAAUAGGGAAACAAAAAUUGAACGCUAUGAGCGAUAUGAUUAUAAUUAAUUUCUAAUUAUGUAUAUAUAUAUAAAAAAAUUAUUUCUUCAAAUUCAAAAUGCCCAAUCAAUGGGUCAAUUAUUUUCACCAAAAAUGAAAUUAUUCAAAAAAAAAGACUAUAAACGGCCAAACACAUCUCGCCUGUUAUGCAAUAGGAUUUUAAAAUGGAAAUAAUUGUAACAUAAUUGACAGGGUUGAAGACAAAACAAAAAAAAAAUGGCAACAAUAGCGAAUUAGGGAGUCAGUGUGAAUAGAAUUACAUAUUUAGUCAGAAUUUCAUAUUAGUAUCAGUAUACCACAAAGUCUAUAGAAAACAGUAUUAAUCGAUAAAAGGCCUUUUUAUUAUUUGUUUUUUUUUGGUUUAUUUCAAAACACAGUUCUUAAACAUUCAUUUAUUUAUGUUUUGUUCGUUUGUUUGUUUGUUUUGUAGUAAUUUUGUAUUAAAAUCAGUUCGCUUAAAAUUCGAUACAUUUUUUAUAUGCUGCAUUACUAGUGCAAACCGUGUUGAGAGAAAUCAACGUAUGGUUGACAUAAUUCAGCAAUCGUCAUUAUAAUUCACAACAUUUUUAACGCCUUUUUAAACCUUAGUCAUUAACAUAUUUGGAGAUUAGUUAAAUCUCCUAUACUGAUAUAAGUAUUUAAUUAAACUCAGUACACUAAAACCCAUUGCAGAGGACAAUGUGGCCACCAUUGGCAUCGGGCAUUGAAUGACUAGAAAUUUAGCUUUUGGGAAUGUGACGAUUGGCAUAUAAUUUGAGCGGAAUGAACGCGAUCCAAGUUGACAAUGUACAAUAAACAGAACAGCUAGCGCAAGACACUUUGAACGUUUCACAAAAAACUUUCGUCAAGUUAGCUUAUGUGUUUACUAAAUAUCCAUUGCACCUCUGCUGGUUCACCUUAGUUUAAUUAACAAAAAAAAAACCCCCUUGAAACCUUUUAAGCCAUUAUAUUUGCUAUAACGGUGAGUGGAAGAAAAACCCAUUUUAAACUGUUCCAAAUUUCAUUCUGCUUAAGUGAUCUAACUAAAUGAUCGAUUAUUGAUACAGUUAAUAUAAAUGUUCUUUACUAAGUACAUUCAUUUCAUUUUGCUAUUAACGUUUCCCAUAACAGAUUAGUGCUGUAUGUCUUAACCUAGUAAUAUAAUCCAUCGAGCAAUUAUAGCAAAUUAUUUCAAACCCGUUCAUUGCCACAAACAAUCUUUUCGUCCACUUGCAGGCACAACAGUAGCGUAGAGGCCACGUACCAAAGAGCACAACCAUUACAAAGUUUUUGUUUUUACGAAUGAAGGAAUUGGGUAGAACAAAAGAAAGACAAAUAAUCCCUACAAAUGUGUAGUAAGAUGGAUGAAAUUAAACUAACUGAUCCGUUCCGGUCGAACAACGAGGCAAUUAUUUUCGGCAAAUGAAUAAUGAAAAGGUGAGAUAGAAAAUUGUGCAAGCUAUAUAGAAAAAAACCCAAAGAAAGCUUAGUUUGAAAUCGAUUAAAACCUUUUUCGUUAUAUUUUGUCUUUAAACAACUUGCAUAUUAAGUUUGUGCGUAAAACUUCUAUUCUAUUACGAUGAGUAACAUAGCCAGCGCACAAUACGUAUCACAUGGAGAGUCAGUACACACUUGACUUAAAUCAUAAAAAAGUGCCUAAGGACGCGAGCGUUGUAAGCUCACAUAAAGGAGGGAAAGUGGAACGUUGUAAUACAAAAUGUAAACGAAGUAAGCCAUACCUUCUAGCAGUGAAAGGUUAGAAAUGAAUCGGAAAAAUGAUUUGGUUGAAACUCGCACGAUAUGUACUGGCUCUCCUGCAAUGUUAUGUUCAACUUGCCACUCGAACUUGGAACGAUUGAUUCGACCAAAACAAAACCCAAGAUAAAACGUAAUUAGCGCAAACAUAAUAUCUGGGAUGAUUUUGGCUAAUACCUGGGAAUAAGAGAAGGAUUGCCAAUGGAAUGAGAACUGAAACGAAACCCGGCAACAAAAAUAGGCGUAACGGUUGAACGAGUAACGUCAAUCUAUAAUAUAGGAUUUAUCUGUGACAAUAACGUUAAUAACCCAGUAAUAGGAAAGCAGCGGGCGUGCAACAGUGAACAGACAGGAUAUGUCCGCGAAGUGGAUAAACGUUUGAAGAAUUUUUGUUUUAACCGUACACGACACAUGAUAUUUGUUGUAUUCGUUCUACUGAAACGUAAGCCAACACGCGGAGGAGAUUAAAAAUAACACACACAAACUGAGGGAAUAUUAACAGCAUGGGAUGCAAUAAAAUCUGAAAUGAUUCCAAGUUUCGGCGAUAUAAAGUAUCUAUCCAGUAUAACAAUAUAUACAAAACUGUACUAGUUUUGUGUAACCGUUUGUUCCUAUGUUCUGCUAUUCCUUCACCGUCUCUUUCUUUUUCUAUUUCACUUUCACAAAUUGGCAAUAACACAAGAACAAAAGAUAUAAAAGAAAUAAGCAAUAGCGCGAAAGAACGAAUAAUGCAAAAGUCGGUUCAAAUGGAAGGGCAAAUAAAAUGUGAUAGAAGGAAGAUGUUCGUUCCAUCAAGCAUUUCUUCCAAUGAUGUAUGGCGGGCGAUAAAGCAGUUAACUAGAGUACUAAAGGCUCGUCAUAGUAACGUAAACUGUCUCAAAUACAGCUGCAUAACACAAUUAAAAAAAAAGCAAUGUAGCAAGACAAAGCGUAACACGAAAACGCAAACACCUAAUUCCUCUAUAGAUGCCUGUAGAAGUACAUUGUUGUAUGCGUGUUUCUCCGUUAGUUAGGAGCUAGUGUAUGACUGCAGUUUGGAUUCUUCAGAAAAAGCCGAAAGUGAAAUGCAGUGAAACAGAAGGUUAAAAGGAAAUGAUAGUAAAAUGCCGCUAAACCGAAUUGUCACAUCUCAUGCAGAAAACGACGAAAAGAGUUAACUGUGAAAACGGGGGUUACCAUCGUUUUUAAAUGAACGCAAGGGGAAAUAUGAGAAAACCCAGAACUGAAAAGGAAUAUAUUACUGUACAUACAUAGGAUUCAUUGCAAUAAUAAAAAAAAUAGCUAAACACAAGCCGAUGCAUAACUUAAAAAUCUACUUUGAACAGCAAACAACUAACAAAAAAAAAGAACAAAGUGAUGUUAAGAUAAGGUUACGGUGAGUUUGAUAAGAAAGCUAAAUGGAAGGAUGACAUUUGUGAAGGUUAGAAACAAAUUGUAAGCCAUGCAGAAGGACUGUGGUGAGAAAACGGCUACUUUUAAGCAGCAGCAAUGGAUGGAUUUAUUUUUUUAUAAAACUAAAAUCUUUCAAUGAAUGAAUGUACCCAACACAGAUGCAAACAAAACUAAAAGAACAUUAUUAUACAAAAACUGACUACAUUUGAGCAAGAAAGAUGAUGUAGAAAUAAAACGAAAAAAAAAACAGAACAAACCCCCAAACAAAAUAUCUAAAGCAGCACCAACAGCAAACUAUAGACAGCUAACAAAAGUGUAGCGUAAAAUCGAUUAAUUUACGCAUGAACUGCAUGCAGUAAACGUGCGAAUUCUAAAUUCAGAUUUGCUGUCAAAUUUCGUUCAACUUAUUAUGAAAACUCCUCAUCACCAACACUCCAUCUCAAGUAGCGAAUACACGGAUCAGUGCUAUUUUUAAUAUGUUUUCUUUGCAGGCGUUCACAAUUCUGUAGAAUUCUAAAAUAGAAUGAAAGAUGAAUAAACAAGACAAAAAAGCUAGUUAUAUUUGAAAACUUACAA